AGCAAUUUUCUCAUCAUGCUGUGCUUCCGUCAUCAGCAGUGACAUGCAACGAGAAUUUACCCACUUAUAUAAUAACGUUCGUGAAUUAAUGCUGAAGGACGGAAUAAUUUCGUGUUACCAAUUUAAGUUUUAAUAUUAUUAUGGCAGUGGAAGUUGUAUGGUGAGGCAGCACAUCAUCACUUCUAAACCAUGUGCAAAACUAUGGGAACUUGGCUAUCACUACUUUUCCUCUUUGGAUGGAAAACAGAUGAUAUUUCUGCUGCCAAGAUUCUGGGCCUGAUGCCAACACCUUCUCCGAGUCACCACAUCUGGAACCGCGCCCUCAUGUUGGCCCUUGCUGAGCGAGGCCACGAGGUCACCGUUAUUAGUCCUGAUCCAGAGAAGCACCCAGUUGCUAACUAUACAGAUAUUGUUAUUGAAGAAGCCUACGAGAGAAUAAAUGAUUCCGGAUUUAAUUAUGAAUCUAUGAGUACUCAAACCUUCAUUGAAAAUUCACUCAUUUGGUUUCAGUGGGGUCAGGAUGCAUGUGAAUUUGGAAUAGCUUCUAAAGGAGCAAAGAAACUAAUGGCAUUACAGGGAAAAGAAACAUUUGAUGUGAUUAUUAUAGAUCUGGGAGUUGAAGAAUGCUUUUUGGGGUUUGUCCCAUUAUUCAAUAACCCACCUGUGAUUGCGAUCACGGCUUAUGGAAGUCCACCUUGGUUUAAUACCAUAGUGGGUAACCCACAAAUUCUGUCUUUCACUAGCUCAUAUAUAUUGCCAUUUACAGAUCAUAUGACAUUUCUUCAGAGAAUGGUCAAUUUUGUGCUUCACAAUGUUAUCGUUUAUUAUCGAACUUUCCACCACUUACCAAAUAUGGAUAACAUUGCUCAGAAAUAUUUUGGAAAUUCUGCACCCUUACCUAGUGAAAUUGAGAAGAAUAUCAGUUUAGUGAUGGUCAACACACACUUCAGCGUGGAUUUUCCAAGACCUCUGGUGCCAGCAAUGAUACCAGUUGGAGGAAUGCAUAUUAAACCAGGAAAAGAACUGCCAAGUGAUUUGAAAAAUUUUCUGGAUAACGCCAACAAUGGUGCUAUAUUCUUUAGCCUUGGUACAAACGUCAGGAGUGACAAGAUGUCAGCUGUAAAGUUAAAAGCAUUUUUAGAUGCAUUUUCAGAGUUGCCUCAAAGAGUUUUGUGGAAAUGGGAGUCAGACACAUUACCGGGUCAACCCAAGAAUGUGAUGCUGGGAAAAUGGCUGCCUCAGAACGAUAUUCUAGCACAUCCAAAUAUUCAUCUGUUCAUGUCACAUGCUGGAAUGCUUAGUUCACAAGAGGCAAUCUAUCAUGGAGUACCUGUUGUAGGGAUACCUUUCUUAGCUGAUCAGUUUGUAAAUAUUGUGAAACUGGCAACACAUGGUCUCGGAGUGGAGCUGGUUUAUGAUACACUGUCAAAACAAACUAUUCUUGAUGCUGUACAUACAGUUCUUGGCAACCACAGUUACAGAGACAAUAUGAAGAAAUUAUCAGCUAUAUACAGAGACCAGCAAGAGACACCACUGCAGAGGGCUGUGUUUUGGACUGAGUAUGUGUUACGGCAUGGAGGAUCCUCCCUUCGAUCUGUCAGUGCUGACUUAACUUGGUAUCAAUAUUUUCUAAUAGAUGUCAUUGCAGUUCUUAUUAUAGGUAUAUCUCUGAUCUUUGUUUUACUUUAUUUGGCUCUAAGAAAAAUAUACCGAACUGUAGCACCAGUUACAAGAAUUACAAAGUCAAAACAGCAGUAAAAUAUGAACUUUGAUUGUAGGUAAAAUAGUACUUUUGGAAGAAUUAAAAUUUAUCAAAUGUG